ACAGUAGUCUCUCUCAUAUUCUCUGUCUUACGCAGCAGGGUUGCUUUAUCUGCGUGCUAAGGCAAGCUCACAUCGAUCUCCGCCCCCACCUCCCGUACCCUAACAACACAUUACCCCUCCCUUGUAAUCAUUACUACUACUACCCCCCUCUCUCUCUCUCGUUUCAUGAGUGUAACUUAUAUUGUUUGUUUAUAUAUAGGCUUCCUUGCUCAUCUCAUUUUGCAUCAUUUCUUCUUCUGCUUCCAUCCCUUCAUCUCUCUCUCUCUCUCCCUCUCUCCUUCCUUACCCCUCUAUAUUCCCAUAGUCACACAUCAUCUAUAUAUCUUUCCACAAACAGUCUCUCCUUCAUAUAUCUGCUGCUAGUUUCAAGUCCUUGAAGUUCAUCUUAUAGUUUGAUAUUGCAUGGUAUGGAUCAUUCAAGUGCACAACACAACCAGGAAAUGGCAUCUCAUGAGACACUAGAAAGCAUGUUGGUAUGCAGCAACAACAACAAAGCAGGUGAAGAAAAGAAACUGAAGCCCCCACCAGAACAAGCCUUGAAAUGCCCAAGAUGUGACUCCAGCAACACCAAGUUCUGUUACUACAACAACUACAGUCUUACUCAGCCUAGAUACUUCUGCAAAUCUUGUAGAAGGUAUUGGACAAAAGGAGGCACUUUGAGAAAUGUUCCUGUAGGUGGAGGGUGCAGGAAGAACCGUAGAUCCUCAUCAUCAUCCACUUCAUCUUCUUCAUCAAGGAUCAGAACUAGUCAGGAUCAUCACCCAUCACUCCUCCAAGCCAACCCUCUUUUGGCUGCUUAUGAUUCUACUGACCUUUCUCUUGCCUUUGCAAGGCUUCAAAAUGGGCAACUAGGGUUUGAUCACUAUCAGAAUCAUGACCAUGAUCAGUUCUCAGUGAUGGGUAAUAAUCCUAAUGCCGGUAGUACCCAUGGGUUUCUUGAUGCUAUAAGAAAUGGGUAUCUUGAAAAUCCAUUCAAUGGGUUUCAGAAUGCUUCUUACUAUGGGAACAAUGCUGAAAAUGUUGGGGGUAUGAAUGUCAAUGUGGAAGCUCAAAUGGGUAACCUCCCAUAUGAAGAUUUGAUGAGUAGUGGUGCCACAACACAAGCUGUGACAGUCACCACUGUGAAGCAAGAGGGUCCAAGUGUUGCCCGAGAAGCCGCGGUGGCUCCAGAAGCUGGAAGGGUAUUGUGGGGAUAUCCAUGGCAGCUCAAUGGUGGUGGAGAUGGUGGUAGCAUUAUGGGUGAUGUUGAUGCUGCAGGGAGACAGAGCAACUGGAUCACUGGGAUUAAUGGUUCUACUAAUUGGCAUGGAGUUUUCAAUACUCCUCUCAUGCAAGGAGAUGUUAAUUAGGAUUAAUAUCAUAUAUAUGGUUCUUCUAUCAAAUUAAGUAGGUAUAAUUUUGUUAUCUCUUUAUCAUGUUCGAUAAAUUUUAAGUUGGUUUCAGUUUCUUUUCUGGACAAACAAGUGUAUGAACUUAAUUAUAUCAUCUUAAUAUAUCCAUGUUUUAUUAGUAA